UGUUGAGUUAAGAGAGGCCAGUGGAUUGCAUUAUUAUUUACACUGUAUUGUGGUUCAUUGUCAAUCACCUUCACCUUCACCCACUCACCCACCUUUGGACCCAACGUCCCUUCACCGACCCCUCGCCUCUAGCUCUGACCGCGCCCUCUUCCCCCUCCAACAUCCACCCACCUUCUCGACGCGAUCGCGCUUCACGCUUAUCUUGACAUAGCUGGUCAUCUGCCCUCUAUCCUAGGCAUACAUAUGUACCUAGCCUCGUCAGCUGUCAGCCUUGAGUUUCACUGAUCUUGAUCUUGCUUGCUGUCACGAGAACACCCCUCAGCACAUCAGACGCGAAAGUACGAACACACAUCACAUCACACCCAACGACUUGAUAAGAACCUGCUUGACCAGGACAAUUUGUCCUUGGGCAUUUAUCUCAUUCACACGUUGACUUUCUCCUCUGCUCCCCUCUCCAACAUCCACACUUCACUCAACAACCCUCCCAUCUUGCCCACCAUGGCAUCUACCUCCUCUCCCUACUCAGACUCGACCUUAUAUCUCUACACAUCCCUCACCGCGGGAUCCUCACACAUCAUCACCGCCACGUCGCGCAUGGAAACAAUCCUAAAAGCCAACAAGAUCCCUUUCCGCGCCGUCGACUGUGCCACAGAUGAGAAAGCCCGCAUGUUAUGGGGGCGACGAUCAAAAGGAAGAAAGCUACCUGGUUUGGUCAAAUUCGGGAGUAUCAUUGGUGAUCUCGAACAAAUCGAAGAAUGGAAUGAAUACGGAGAACUGAAAGAGCAAAUCGCGGAAGCCGACGAGUUCGGUUCUCUGGGUUCCAGUACAGCAAAUGCGACUCUUGCUCCAGAACCUCCCAUCAGCACCACCAAUGCCUCGACACCGCAACGAUCGGGUCCUCCCUCUCGAGCAUCGUCUGAAACUCGUCAUAUCUCCAUCGCAGAGCCGUCCAAGGACAAAGAAGCUACUAAACCGGCAGAAUCGUCUCUGAACCAGACUAUUCGUCAACUCGGUGCUGAAGCGGCCGCCAAAGCCGGACAGAAAAAGGCUGCUGCCACCGCCGCCGCCGUCACAUCUGCAUCCUCCUCGACUACAACCCCAACAACCGCCGCCAAAGUCCCUACUAAAUCUCCCUCCACCACCGAUCAAAUCCCCGUUCCUGCAGCGACCAAACUCUCCGCCGAUGCGGCCGUUGAUUCAGGAGAAGGCGUCGCCGCCGUGACAGCAGCGAAGAUCCCAUCACAACUUGCCGCCGAAGGUGCAAAGAGAACCUCAGUGGACAAGAUUGCAGAAACGGAAAACACAACCACGACAACGUCAGACCCAUCAUUGAAAUCUCCCACCGACGAGACCACUCCAUCUACAUCUACAUCUACAUCUACACCAACAUCAACAGAAGAACAACUCCUCAACCUCCGUCGCUCCAGCAGCGUGACCAAAACCAAGACUAAACUCAGUGAAUCAACCCCGGCAGCCGAAAGCAACACCAUACUCGCCACAUCGAGUGAUUCCAUCACGGACACUACUACCGAAACAGCAACAGCAGAACCAACAAAAUCACCAUCAUCAUCGGCAUCGCCACCGGCAGUUGGACCCGGAUCAAGUCCAACAACAUCACUCUCCCCUCCACCUCGAAAACAUCGCGGAAGUGAUGUUGUGGAUGCGGAUGUAGAGGAGAUUAGAGCCAUGGAGAAGAAGUUGAGUAUCCAAGAAGAAGACGAGGAAGAGGAUGAAGAGGAUGAGAAGGAGAAGGCGAAGGCGAAGGCGAAAGCAGAUCUUCAGGGAGAGGAGUCUGAAGCUAAAAUCACAGCUACCGACAAACUCGAAGAUUCUGUCACCACCAAAGGCGAGCGAUGAUACAUACUUCAAAUUUCAGCUGCAAAGGAUGAUUCAAAUGGCUGGGGUUAGUGUUGGGGGAUUGAGUAGAGGAUGGAUAAUUGAACCCGAGGUGGGAGUUGGGACCUGGAGAUGGGUUUGGGGAGUAUAUGGGUCUAUGUGGAUGUAGGUGUGGGUGUACUUAAGUAGGUACGAGUAAGGGAGUGGGUGUCGUGUGUGUGCGCGUGGAAUAUCAAACACCUGGCUCUGACACUCCUAGGUUUAUACCAUGGAAAUUGACAUUGACUCCCAUGAGGGAGGUCACAUGACUGGGAUGGAUCCAAGUAUCAUAUAUUCAAAUCGCGAUCGAUGCACGAGGUAUCAAUAUAGUAC